AUGAAACCUCAGAAGCGCUGGAUGAGACAAGGAUGUCGACAUUAUAACAACUUCCUUGAUAGUGCGGGUGAAAUCUCAAAUGUGCUGACACAUUGGAAUAAUAUCGAUGACCACACUUUCUAUUAUUACGAUAUGUAUACAGAAUAUGGAGCAUGUACAGUUAUGAAUGGGAGUGAACCGAGUGCAUUCCUUUACUUUCAACUGGGUGAUUCACUUUUCAAGAACAUAACAACUCUUACAUUGGCUAGGAAUCUAAAUAUUAUUGAAAAUGGCAAAGUGUAUGAGGAUACUAAUGAUCUAUCAUCUUUGAGUUGA